GCGCUCCCGCUCUCGCUUCACACGGGCUCCCGCUGCACCGGCGCUGGACAUGGGCUCCGCGGGCACCCGGCCCGCUCUGGCGGCCGCUCUUCUCUGCCUGGCCCGUCUGGCUCUGGGCUCGCCCUGCCCCGCCGUGUGCCAAUGCCCAGCGGCCACGCCGCAGUGCGCCCCGGGCGUGGGGCUGGUGCCGGACGGCUGCGGCUGCUGCAAGGUCUGCGCCAAGCAACUGAACGAGGACUGCAGCCGAUCGCAGCCCUGCGACCACACCAAGGGACUGGAGUGCAACUUCGGGGCCAGCCCCGCCGCCCUGAAGGGCAUCUGCAGAGCACAGUCCGAGGGAAGACCGUGUGAAUAUAACUCCAAAAUCUACCAGAACGGCGAGAGCUUCCAGCCGAACUGUAAACACCAGUGUACGUGCAUAGAUGGAGCUGUGGGCUGCAUCCCGCUCUGCCCGCAGGAGCUCUCUCUUCCCAACCUGGGCUGCUCCAGCCCCAGGCUGGUCAAAGUCCCCGGGCAGUGCUGCGAGGAGUGGGUCUGUGACGAAAGCAAGGAUGCACUGGAGGAGCUGGAAGGCUUUUUCAGCGAAGAGUUUGGUCCGGAUGAUUCCGAAGGCGAAUUAACCAGGAACAAUGAGCUAAUUGCCAUCGUGAAGGGAGGCCUGAAAAUGCUACCUGUUUUUGGAUCUGAGCCACAAAGCCGAACUUUUGAGAAUCCCAAAUGCAUUGUGCAAACAACCUCUUGGUCCCAGUGCUCAAAGACGUGUGGAACUGGCAUCUCCACCAGGGUGACAAACGACAAUCCUGACUGCAAGCUCAUCAAAGAGACUAGGAUAUGUGAAGUGAGGCCAUGUGGCCAGCCCAGCUAUGCCUCCCUAAAGAAGGGAAAGAAGUGUACCAAGACAAGGAAGUCCCCCUCCCCGGUGAAGUUUACUUAUGCUGGAUGUUCCAGUGUGAAGAAGUACCGGCCCAAGUACUGCGGCUCCUGUGUGGAUGGCAGGUGCUGCACACCCCAGCAGACCAGGACUGUCAAGGUCAGGUUCCGCUGCGAUGACGGGGAGACCUUCACCAAGAGUGUCAUGAUGAUCCAGUCCUGCCGAUGCAGCUACAACUGCCCGCACGCCAACGAAGCCUACCCCUACUACAGACUGGUCAACGACAUUCAUAAAUUUAGGGACUAACUUGUGUUGGGGGUGGGAUGCAAAACAGAAUUUUGAAGUACCCAGCCAUGGAGAAAGGACCUUUGAUGGAAGUGGUGCCUUGCCCAUUUGAGGGCAACAUCGAGAUGUGGAGGAGUGCACUGUGCAACUGGACACUAAUGCAACAGAGAUUUAAGCAUACUUAAGGCUUCAUAAUACUGGAGCAACUUUACUGCUUCUUUUUGGAGCACCUUAUCUAAUUAUAUACUGUUUUCUGUUUGUAAGUGAUCAGAUUAAUGUUUUGUUCCGGUUAUGAAAACUUUUCUAUCCUGUUCAAUUUAACACUAUGCUUCUUCCCCUUCCUUCAAUCUUCUCCCACCCUUUCCCAACUAAGUUGGAAGUUACAUUCCUUCCUGAGGUGGGCACCUGUGGGGUGUUCACAGUGGCAGCUAUUAUGUACCAACUGUAGUUUAAUGGCAAACAGAAAUCAGUUGUUUUAAAGCUGAGUAUUUUAUUUAUCAAACUGUAGCUUUUUGUUUGUUUGUUUCCUUUGAGGUUUUUUUUACCCCUUCCAGCCCCUGUAAUACUGGAAUAAGUUGUAAAUGAUUUUAAUUUUAUAUUCAAUGAAUUAAAAGAAUUUAUUUAUGGAAUUAAUCAUUUAAUAAAGAAAUAUUUACCUAACUACUCUUAAAGUAUUCUGAUAGGCAACAGGCUUAAAUACAGCACAUGCAUAAGGUUUCUGUAAAAACUUAGAAUUCUGAAAAGUUUGGAUUCUCUGAAAGCAAGGUCUCCUGCAGAUGCAGAAAUGGACUAAAUAGCCAAGUCUAAUUCUUUGGAAAAAUGAUGUUUUGAAGGAGUGUCUGCAGCCUGCAACCCCACGCUUUAGAAAGUAUACACAGAAAGAGCGUCUUGGCACUGAAUGCAAAUCUUUGAUGGACUGAAAUGUUAAUUAGACUCAGAUUAUUCAAACUGUCCUGGAAUUUGCAACAUAAGGUACUUCAUUAGAAUGCAGUGCAUGCAUGGUGAUAUUGAACACGGGUGAAAAUGGUCAUCAGGUCUCACGUUUUUUGGUGGCUGCUUUUUGCAAAUUAAUACAUUUCUAUGGCAGAGGAAUGCUUCCUACAGGCUGCAGAAGGUAGUUUGCUUUCACUAAAUUCAAAUUAAAUGAGCUUGAAGCAAUGACUUUUGUUAAUCCUAAUAACACAGUGAUGAAAAGUAAACAUACUGUUAACAAGAGAAGAAUGUGAGGAAUUUCAAGUACUAGUCCCAGAGUAGAAAUUAGUAGUACUGGAGUAGAAAGCAAGGGAGCUACUCUUCUCCUCACUUCCCCUUCUCAAUUUUAAAUAUGCAAUUGCACUUUACUACCUUGUGGGACACAGAUGACAUUUGGCUAAGGAAGGGAGCUUGCUGGCACGCAAUAAAAAAAUGACAUUUAAAGAAAUUAACGAGAGCAGGAUCUGAGAAAGCAUCCAACAUUGUACACUUCUUGUUAGCCUAAAGCUGUGCUACAGAUUAAGACUGACAAGAAACCUGCAACAGGGUAUUAUUUUUUUCUCCUUGUGUGGGUAUUUCUCUGUCAAAAUACUCUCCCACAAUCUUUAGUAAGAAAGAUACUGCUCAUAAAAAACAGACUGAUUUUGAGGUUUUAGAAUUGUGAAGAGGUGUCAUCCAGUGUCAUUCGUUACAAGCAGAAUCGGUUAAGGGUCAAUUUUUUAUUAAUUAGACAUAAAUAUCUCAAUAAAAUAAAUAGCCAAAUAUCUUAGAAGCUUAUCUCUGGCAGUUAAUGCUUCAUCUGAGAAAUAACAGCCUUCCCUCUUUUCUGCUCAGUCAAGUUUUCUCCCUGAAGGCAUUCAAAAGUAGAACUGUUUUGGAAUUCACCACCUGGCCACCAGUCUCAGCUGUACCUAAACUUGUCUGUACAGUAUUUGUUGACAGCAGAGCAAGGAAGCACUUUUGUUUGGCUUCUAUGUAGAUCUAGCACUGAACGCUUCACGACAUCAGCUGCUCGCUGGGAAACCAUCAAGUUUACACACUGGGUUACUGUAGGGCGGGGAAGAGGAUCCACUGCUCCCAGACACCCAGCAGCUGCAGGGCAUUCCUGCCAUGGCCACCGUCACCCACACUUGAAUGACAUCCAUCUUCACACCAACGCAAGUCACAUCUCCCCACAAAUCACACGUACGUGUGACUGUGCUGCACACAGACCAUGGCUGUGACACACACGUCAUGGACAAACAGUGGCCCUGCUGACUCCUGCCUGCAGUGUGGCUCUUGCCAGGCCCAGCAUUUACAACCUCCCCUUUGGCUUUUCCAUGGUAAGGAGUGCUUCUGUACCCUGCUCAUCGGAAACAUGUGCUGUUGGGAGAAUAACAGCUCUAGAGGCAGGUCAGAUAAACAAAAUAUACUAAGUGAAGUUAUCCUGAUAUAAAAAGAGUAAAAUAAAUCCCACUAAAAAGACCUGCAAGUCUUUCAAAGUGGGCUGUCACACCAACUGGUCAUCAUCCAUAUAGUCCUCUCUUCUAUUCUGCAUUUCACAAUUACAUGGCAAAACUACUUUUACAACACUGUAAAAUGAAUCACUGUCAUUUUUUUUGCGUGUCAUCUUUGCACUUGCUUUGAAACUUUUACAUCUGCUGUUGUUCCAGCAGAAUAAAAAAACCCAAACCCUAAGUAGUGGGUGUGGAUAUAUAAAGGAUUAUAAACUCAGAUUCCAUGAAGUGAAGCAGCAGAGCUUACAGGUAAAGUAAUGAGCACAACUAUAAUUGUAUUUCUUGUCAAAAACUAAAAUAUCAAUAUCCUGCUUCCAGAGGAAUAUUAGAUGAGGAGUUAGGAACACGAUAAAUAAUGUACAUAACAAAAAUCUGUGCAUUUGGAACAAAUUCAAAGCCUGAAAGUCAAGCCACCAGCACCGUGUGGAGUUCCCCGGAGCUGGGCAGAGCCGGGGGAGUCCCGACACGCCAGGAAGGAGAGCGGCACCGCCUCAGCCUUCAGCGCAGGUUGCAGCAGGGUCCCCUCCCCAGCAGCCCUGCUCCAGCCACUCUGCCUGUCCCCUCCCCUGUGUCCCGGUCCUUCGGCUGCUCCCUGCCCGGCCGCUGGCACUGUCACGCCGCACCGGCACGGGGCACUCGGCCGAACGCGGUGCUGCCGCCACAAGGAGCGUUUCUCACACUACAGGUUUAGGAUCGAAGGAACGCGCAGCCUUGUGCUCCCCACGCUCAUUUCCUUGAUGGUGGUAAACGCUGUAAUAUCGAGGUUACACAUAAAAUCUUCCCUACUAUUAUUGAAGACAAAGUUUCAGCUUCCAUAAGUGCUCCAUGACAGGAAACAAAACAAAAGCAGGAACACACAGACAGACUUCCAUACUGCACAAACUCCUUGUGGGGUGCUGCCAGCUCGCUCCUCUGCAGCAGCAGCAGGUGGAGGAAAAGCAGAUACCAAACUGACAGCGGGACAACUGAGCUACCACUGAACCCUCGUGGGGCUGUGAGAAUUUCUUUAUCUACACACCAACUACUGCAGGGCCCAUGGCAGAUCAGUCCCCUGGGCUGCCUAAACCCUCCAGCUGACACUGUCUGGAGCAGGCCCAUCUCCCUACUAUUCAUGGGCAGCCACUGGGUUAUGCAGGAACAGGCAGGGACCCUGUGAUCAGUGGGAUUGUUGCAGGAGGAUUUCCAGUCCACUGAACCUGCAUGAAUCCCUCACGCAUCUUGAACACUGAAACAGAAAAGUUUGCAGUGGGCAGUCAUUCCUGGCUGGAAGUCAAACCCACCUACCUAAACAGAAGCAGUCAAACCCACCUACCUACACAGAAGCAGUUAAAUGUGCCACACCAGAGGCUUGCUCUUGCCAGAUGCUCGCCAUUCUGAGCUGAUCCUGCAGAAAUGCAUGUGCACAAUUUAGCUCACUUGUUUAAUCAGUGAAACUAUUUUGAUGCAGGGCUCCAAGUGCUCAGCACACAGCAAAGGAAAGCUGUAUAGUUUUACCAGCUGCUCUGCCUUAAGCCAGUUCCUCUUAUGUAGACAUGUCCCCAUUUUCACCUUCAGUUUCCUCCUGCAUAUUACAUAGCCACAAUUAAAACAGCACACAGAAACAGGGAAGUGUCACAGUGAAAGCAGUAACAUGAAAGUAGCUUUGGAGGUACUUAGAAAUACACUCCAAUGCACAGACAACUAAACUGCAUUAAACUGCAGUGAGAUUUGGUGUCUAGAAAAUAUAAAUCCUGCAAAAAAAAAGACUACAACCAAUAGAAUAAUAUAAUAAGCAUCUCUCUAUCAUGCUGUAAAUACCAAACACCAAGAAACUGAAUAGAUGGCAUCCACCAUGCUAUGGUUCCCCCCAUAAAACUACACAGCUAUGACUUCUGUGUACACAAUUUAUAUUGGAGAAGAUCCUGAAAGACCCCAAGGCAUCACAUAAGCAACUUCAUCUGUCUUGAAGUACAACCACUUAUGGGAUGGAAUGUAACAACCAUCUAGGAGAAAAACAUUACACAAUUUUUUAUAAGUUUUCAUUUUCUAGUCAGAAGAAAUUCAAAGGUGGGGUGAACACAUUUGCUCAGAUGGGAAUCCAGCUGGGACAUGCACAUUAACUAUUUCAUCUCCUGACAAAUGGCAGUUUCAAUCAGGAUGAAGAGACUCAAUUUAAGUGAGAGAAACAAUCAGCAACCCAGCAGUGCUUUGAGACCACUGAAUGUCAGAUUAAAAGAAGCCCAGUAUACCAGCCAAGUCAAAGACACCAGUUUCUCUGAAACUACUAAUUUCCUUCAAAAUCUCAGAGCAACCAGGUUUGAGAGCAACUGCUACUUAGUCUAUGAACUUGACAAAAUCAGACAUCAAGAAGCCAUGGCUGUAAAACCAGCAGUCUAUUAGGAACUUGAAAAAGGAAAAUGCAUUUUUCUCUACGGGCGGGUAUUUGUGCUGUAGUGGAACAAUGCUGCUAAAAUCAAUGUGGAUGCCCAAGCACAUCUGAAAGUAGAGGCUGGGAAAAAAGGUCAGCAAAGAGAUACCACUGAGAAUUUAGAUGACAGAAUCACAGAAAUGCUAAGCUGGAAGAGACACAACAGGAUCAUCAAGUCCAACUCUGUGCAGGAAACCCCAAGAGCCACACCAUGUGCCUGAGAGCGUCAUCCAAACAUGUCUUGAGCUCUGGCAGGCUGGUGUGGUCACCACUGCCCUGGGGAGCCGUUCCAGUGCCCAGACACCCUCUGGGUGAAAACUUCUCCUGAUAUCCACCCUAAAACCACCCUGACUCAGCUUCAGGCCAUUCCCUCGGGUCCUGUCACUGGUCACUGAGCAGAGAUCAGUGCCUGCUGCUCCUCCUCCCCUCCUGAGGAAGGUGGGGCUGCAGUGAGGUCUGCCCUCAGUCUCCUGCAGGCUGAACAGACCCAGCGCCCUCAGCUGCUCCUCACACAGCUUCCCCUCGAGGCCCUUCACCGUCUUGGCUGCCCUCCUUUGGACACUCUCUGAUAGUUUCAUGUCCUUCUUACAUCGUGGCACCCAAAACUGCCCUCAGCACUGGAGGUGAGGCUGCCCCAGUGCAGAGCAGGGCAGGACAAUCCCCCCCCGCUUGCCCAGCUGCCUGAUGUCCCCAGGACAUGGCUGCCCCUGCUGGCUGUGUGAAAGUGAUGGGGAGUCCUUGGCAAGCUUCUAAUGCCAGCCAUCCAUUCCUUUUUGUUAGCAUCUACACCUCAUCCACUGACUUAGUGUUUACCUCACUUUAACACAGCUCUACUUCCUAUUGGCACUCUUGGCAAAACAGACAAGUUCUGGAGCUACAAUACAGAUCCAGUAGAGAACCUGGAAGCAAGGAAUGGAAAGGCAAAAGCAGCUUUCACAGUCCUUUCUUCCUUCUCCUUGAGGCAGAACAGGGAUGAUGGGAAGAAAGUGGCAAUGCAAUUUUAAAAACAGCUUUGCUUUUCUACCAGCUGAAAUGAUGCAGGAAGCAGCCAGCUCCCAGUGCAGUCAUUUAUUGUCUAAAAAAAGACUCCCUCUCCCUUCUCAUUUCUAUUCUUCCUUCUCUGGCAGACUGUUUUGACCUUAUUCUGAUUUGCCAUGCAACCACAGGAACAGCUGUACUGAUGCAGCUGAUAGAAAAAGAAGUCUCAUGCAAAUGGAUUAGAUAAUUACAAGGACUACUGUGACAGUCAAAUAAAAAGGAAUGAAUUUCACCAAUUCUAUCAUGAGUGCACAAAGACUUUCCCUUACCACAAAGGUAGCCAAAGCUCUAUUGGCUUUUCAUGCUAUAUCACCCUACUGAUUUUUCCUGCAAAAAAACUCUACUAUAGUAAAUAUGCUUUUCUGCAGGAAAAGCUAGCAGCAGUGAAAUCAGGCUAGGCCAGGGGAACUUUGCUUCCAAAGCGACAACAAAAAAGCUACAAUGCACAGGACCAUUGAGGGAAAGAAGCUCUCACUACAAAAGCAUCACUAGAGCAAAGUCACUGUACUAUGGGUCUCUGAGACCUGCUGGGGCAUAAUGAAAACACACUUCUGCUACCAAAUCACAGACAGCAAAACUACCCCUCUUUUUACCUGGUUUUACAUGGCAUCUCUAACUUCCCUUUCAGUUUCAGUAUUUCUUUUGAGUUAUUUUUGCUGCCAUUUCUUGUACUGCAUACAUGUGACUUCUUUCCAUUUCACCACAGAUUUCCAGCAAAUAAAACCAUAUGCACUACCAUAGCAACAUUUUAAUACAAACACAGUGUAAUCUUUGUUCACUGAAGUACACAGUUCAUUUCUUUUUCUCUUAUUAACAGAACCUGCAUCUGCAUACAGUUUAACUGAAUGUCAUAGCAACAACAUAAACAACAAUUCAAGAUAUUUUUUCCUUUGGAGGGCAGAAGAAUAAACGUUUUCAGGAAAAGAGUGUGGGACUUCAAGCAGAAUGAAAUGUUUGUGACUAAACAGGGCCUGAAGUUACAUCAUCAGGGCUACAUAUUUACACUUGGAAAGCCUGCUCUUGCACGGUGUUAUACAUUCUCAGCUCCUACAGAUGUCAACAGAGAACAGCCAUAUCUGGCAGGGCAAGGACUGAAUCCCAGCUAUGCUGAUACACAACACAGAGCUGGGACUUGCUAUCUGCACUGCCAUGAACUUAGAAACCCAGGCACUGCUUCAGACUGGAGUGCACAUUCUGCACUGAGUCUUCUUCUACUGCAGAGUAAAACUGCACUGUUGACUGGAGUAACAAAAACUGCUUCAGCAUGCCUCCAAGGACCAGUGCCAGCCACACAUUCUGUGGCAUGACCCUCUUUUUCUCUAUGGAUCAACAAUUCCUAAUGCCAAGAUAAAUGUAGCAAAACUUAGAAUUCGAAUGUGUUCAUUCAAAACUGAGCUGUUACACUGACAGGGGGUACAACGCUGCUUACCCAUGACAACUCAAUUAUGCCUCAUACCCCCAGGAAGUUAUACAAAAAAGGAAAAGAACCAAGUUCUCUCCCAUGGCUGACUCAGUCCAACCUCCUAGCUAUUGCUGUGUGCUUAGCCAUGCUCUAUUUUUGUCCUUUAAGGUUUGUGAAAGGGAUGACAUCAUUAAGCUUUUAAUUUUUUUAAGUAGUGUUUUCAUUCAAGACAAGAGCCUUUACUCUUUGUAAGCUGAUAGUCCUUCAGCUCAAGCAUGCUGAAAAGUCUUAACAUUAAAAGAAAUGCUGUAACAACACUACACAGAAAUAGCUUGUUCCUUCUGUGACAAAUAGUUUAUAGAGGAAAAUAAAUGAGUAAGCAUAGUAGGCAUAAAAUCAAGCACUCAGUGCAAGCUGGUGUUGAAUGGCCAAGAUUAAAACAACAUCACACAGUUCUCAUUCACAGACAUGAUCUGUUCUGAAUCAAGGCAGAGUCCUGUAGGGAUCUGUGUGUAAUAGGACUACAAUAGUAUGUUUUCAAAAUGGACAGAAUGGAAGCCUUCUGGGAAGCCUCAGCUCCAUGUCUUAAAUUUCUAGUUCUUGACCAAAAGUUUAAAAAAUACAGAAGAUGCUUUUUCUCUCUUCUGUUUAUUACAAGAUGCCUGUUCCAGGUUAAGUCAUUAAAAAAAAAAAUUAAGAACUUUCUUUAACUGCCUACUAAAGCGUUAAAAAACAUCUGCCUAGCACAACAGUGCAUAAACUGAUUAAAUUAUUAUGAAGAAUUAUGACUAUAUGAAGAAUUUUGAUGUCUUACUAUAAAGAAAAAUGGAAAAAGUUUAGGAAAACUGAAAAAAAAAAUUUGAAUUGCAUUUUGGUCUGUAUUUGAUCAAUCACCUCUGUUCAAACUAAUGUAACUGUAAAAAUAGGUAAGUAGUAACCUAGGAAAGAAUGGCAAAUGCUACCUUUUACUCUCAGUUUCACUGAACUCUGGGAGAUUAUUCCCAGCUUGUCUGGGAAAUUUCAUUUCUAGUAACCACCACAGGAAUGUUCCUUAAUAAUGUUUUAAAGCCUUCUUUAAGGUAAAUCGGAAGGACAGAUUUAACAGCAUCUUCAUUUAGAAAUAAAUUAUGUUGUGUUUAACUCACAAAAAAGCUUAAAGUAGAUUUAUAUAAGAAAAAAACCCCACAGGCAAACCCUUUGGUACCAUUAAUGAAAACCCCCAAGAGCACAGGAAAGUAAUGCAAAUCACAAAUCCGUGCUCCUCAGCCAAAGACUAAUCACACACACAUGCAGAUCAGCACUAGUACUUGCAGCACUCCCAUUUUCACUGUGCUCUGGACCCAGCAGAAGUGCCAUGCUUUUACUCCAGAUGAAACAUUUCCUGGCAAAUGAACUGUGGCAGUUUUGCUCUUCGACUCUUUCACUGGUAUGACUAUGAAUGAGUUCAAGACUGGUCUACAGUAAUUUGUGGCUACUAAGUCAGUGUGCAGCAAUCACUGAUUAGGAAAAGCUUAUUCACUUUCACUGAACUGAAAAAAUAUGAAAGCAGCACCUAUAGCUAGGAAUCCUGGUCCUUUAAAAAGGGUUAAAAAAACGAAUGCUGAAACAAGAGGUGGGCAGAGGACCAAAAAUGACCAAGAAAGAAAACAGAGCACAGGUGGCUACUGCCAGGUGAGAAGAAAAACUUUCCUCUUUCACCAGAGGUUGCAAAACACACGAGAGAAAGGAUAUAUGAUACCACUGGGAGAAAAAGUAGUAUGUGACUACAAAGAUCUGAUACUCUGGCCAAACUUCAGUAGUGAGCUGUCAUGGUAAACAAUUUAUUAACUCAAAUUUCUUCACAAGGGAAAAAAAAAACCCUUCUAAAACUUUGAACAUCUCAGAAAUCUUCUCCAUGCAGCAUGACUGGUGAGGGCCCAGCAGCCUGGUACCCUGAAUCCCAGACUGAGAGCCCAGAAGCCUAAACCCUCUCCUGUACUGCUCCCCCAGCUUCCUGCUACCUCCAGAAGUUCCUUCACUGCUUUCUAUUGUGAUUCUACCCACAAUAUCAGCACUGGCAGAAGAUUUAUGACUGAAAUACCACCUUCAUGGCAAUUUAGCACACACCCCAAGCCAGCAACACACUAAGGUGCUUGUCUCAAGCAGGAGACAGAGUCUGGGAACUAAGGCAGCAGCAACCUCAGGGCACUGUUUAGAGUGAACAUGUCCUGAAGACAAAUGCUGGCCUGGCCAGACCUUUGUAACAAAAACUAAGGCAAAGGCUGAUGCUGAUUCCUGAGAAUGCCCUGCUGUAGUGGGGAGAGGGGCUCACCUGGCUUGCACCACUGUGGCAUUGCUGUUCUCAUCCUCCAACACACCCCACAGGCACAGGGGAUUUGGAUACAGGAUAGGUGGUCUGUGAUCUAAAAAUCUUUUCAGAAGUUAACAGCUGUCAGCAGACAAUACAGUACAGGAAUUUUUUUUCCUUUACAAUUUAUUUGUUUUUGGGUAGGCAAAUUUAGCUGAUAUGCCUGUGAGUAUUUACAAUAACUAACUGCAGUAGGUACUAGGAAUAUGAGAUGCAUACCACAAGCAUUCUUUAGAAGUCCAGUGUUAUUUGCAUUAGUGCCAGUCUAUGCAUCCAUUUCUAUGGAUAUAAAAACUCAUGCUAAUUUAGAAGACCUGGAGGGAAGACCAAACACACUUGCCACCCUGAAAACACAGGCUGACCUCUCAAUUAACACAUGGAACAAGAUGCAACCAAGUAAGGAACAAAACAAAACAAAACAAAACAAACAAAAAAGUAUUGCAUCAAGCACCCAAAAUGUCACCAGAGAAGAUCAAAAGUAACAUAAGACCACUUUCAGUAGCUCAGUGUUACACAGAAAUACUGUAAAAGGAAACUGAGCUAAUGAAAUAACUGUACUUUUCUCCCAAUAAACUGAAGCAUUAAGACUUCAAAUCAACAUAAAAUACAAA